GUACCGAAGUUCGCGGAGCCCAUCAGUAACGUCACAACGCCUGUCGGCAGAGAGGCCAUUCUUGUCUGCGUGGUCGAGGACUUGUCUACCUACAAGGUGGCGUGGCUGCGCGUGGACACGCAGACGAUCCUGACGAUCGCGGCGCACGUGAUCACCAAGAACCACCGCAUCGGCGUGACGCACAGCGACCGCCGCACCUGGUUCCUGCACAUCCGCGACGUGCGAGAGUCCGACCGCGGCUGGUACAUGUGCCAGAUUAACACCGACCCCAUGAAGAGCCAGCUCGGCUACCUCGAAAUAGUCGUGCCGCCAGACAUCCUGGACCAGCCGACGAGCACGGACCUGGUGGUGCGCGAGGGCGACAACGUGACGCUGCGCUGCGCCGCCACCGGCUCGCCGCAGCCCACCAUCACGUGGCGGCGCGAGGGCGGCGAGCCCAUCCCCGCGCCCGACGGCGGACAAGUGCAGAGCGUGGAAGGCGCCGUGUUCCGCAUCGCGCGCGUCUCGCGGCUGCACAUGUGCCCCUACCUGUGCAUCGCGUCCAACGGCGUGCCGCCCAGCGUCAGCAAGCGCAUCUCGCUCGUCGUCCACUUCCCGCCCGUCGUGCGGCCCAAAAGCCAGCUGGUGGGCGCCUACGACGGCCGGCACGUCACCAUCGAGUGCAGCUCCGAGGCCUACCCCAAGUCCAUCAACUACUGGACCCGGGACCAGGGUGAGAUACUCGCCCACGGGAACAAGUACGAGCCAUCGAUAGUGGAGACUUCGUAUAAGGUGCAUAUGAAGCUCACUAUCCGUUCGGUGGGCCCAGCCGACUACGGGCAGUACGUAUGCGUCUCCAAGAACUCGCUGGGUGACACCGAGGGAGUCAUCAGAGUGUACGGAAGGAAGGGUGAUUUCGAAACCAGAAGCAACGAAGUUCUGGAGCUUUCGAAUUCGCAGCACAUUUCCAAAAGGAAAGACGGCGCCAGCGGCAGUCUGCAGGGGGUGCGGGGAGGGGCAGGCGUCGCGACGCCGCUGCGGUGGCCCUGGGCCGACGCCGACGCCGCCGCCCUGGCCGGCCCUGCCACUCUGCUGCUGGCAGCCGUCGUGUCGGCUAUCCUUUCAUCUGCAGCGAGUGAGCGCACGGAAACAAACCAAAGCGCGGCACCAGCUUGGUUCGCUAUCGCCAGCACGACACGGUGGCCAGAUGUGGAACCACCACCACACGCCUUUGAGCCGCAGCAGCGACGCAGCGUCCCUCCGGCCCCCAAGACAUUCAGCGCACACCCCGAAGCGCAGGAGCUCAUUAAUUUCGUGAUGCAAAGCGAAAUAAUCUGCAGUUUUGUGGCCGCAUCUCAGCGGGAGGCGGGGGCGGAGGAAGGCAAACAGUACAGCCGGGGGCGGCUGCGCCUCGCCGCUAAAUAUUCGGGAGGCGGCAGGCAGCAGGCGGGAGGCGGUCCGCGGUCCGCGUGA